UUCCGAAAGCUUUUCUCCCAAUUUCUUUCCCAAGUGUGACCUCAAAUGAGGCCAAAUACAGAAUGCCAAGCGUCCACUUUUGUGUCAUGAAAUGCACACAGAAAGCGCAUGAUGACUAUUGGUUAUCCUGCUUUAAGGCAUCAGUUACUGUAAGGAAAUCUGCUGCUUUGAAUUGGACAAAAGCCCUUUCUGAAGGGAGCGGUGCGUAUCCGAUGUCUGGGAAUUCCUGGAUGUUUAUUGACAGCUGACUGCUGGAAAACGACCCAGUUAAAGACAUGGCUUGUGUUCUGUUGUUGAACUUUCUGCUGAAUAAAGCGAGUGAUUUAUCGACACUCUUCUGCACGUGAGUCUGAUGAUUAUUUCUGUUCUGGCAGGUUUUGACUGGAUGUGACUCGUUCUCACACGCGGCCUGAUUAAACCAGUGCGAUUUACCCUCAUUAGCAUGUUUCUGCUCUCCUCACAAUAAAGCCAUUCACUUUUCUAGAUAAUAAUGACGUCGCUCAUGGAUCAGGGUGAGGACAUGGGCCUGGUGACGCCGAUAGAGCUGAUGGACCCUCAGAAGGACGACGACCCCCAGUGUCCCGAUCACUUCAGGCAGAGCCUCAUGCUUCAGCUGAUUGACGAUCUGUCAUAUGAGGAUGUAAAGAAGUGCUACAGGGGUUCAACCGUCAGCAAAUAUAACUCCCAGUACCACAAACUCUUCUCGGCCGUCCCGAAGGAGGAGAUCCUCAUGAAGGUUUAUUCCUGUGCUCUGCUGCGGGACAUUCUGCUGCAAGGACGGCUUUACAUUUCUCGAAACUGGCUGUGUUUCUACGCAAACCUUUUCGGGAAAGAUAUCAAGGUUGCCAUCCCGGUGGUGUCUGUGCGACUGGUGAAGAAACACAAAACGGCCGGCCUGGUGCCAAACGGACUGGCCAUCACCACCGACUCCAGCCAGAAGUAUGUGUUUGUGUCUCUGCUGUCGCGGGACAGUGUGUACGACGUGCUGAGGAGGAUCUGCACACACCUGCAGGUGAACGGGAAGAAGAGUCUGAGUCUGAAGCAGUUCCUGGAGGAGCCUGGCUCUCUGUCGAUGAUGAAUGGUGUGCAGGAUGAGUUUCCGGUGGCCACUGAUUUCACGCCGGUGUUGAAGUGGCGCAGGAAACCUCCGUCUCCGUCCGUCUCUUCAUCGCUGCCGGACCUGCUGGGAAACUCCACGAGCAGCCUGAGCGCCGGAGACGCAGCGUACACCGCAGAGACGCCGCUGGAGGAGAGACGGCUGGAGGCCGAGAAGAUCCUGCUGACUGAACCCGUGUCUGAACUGGGUCACAUGGAGUAUCAUCUGCUCAAGUUCUUCAUUCUGCUCAUCAUUUUGCUCAUCAUUUCAUCGUGUUAUCUGGCGUUUCGCGUCUGCAGUCUGGAGCAACAGCUGUCUUUCCUCAACACACAACCAGCCAUGAGCAUGAGAGAGAGGUAACCCUGGUUUAACCCCGUGCCAACACUGAAACCAGCUUCGCCACCAGGAGAGCAGCGUCUGCAGACGACUAAACCAGCUCAGUUACAGGUACAGCACUAGUCAAGAAGUAGCUAGCUAACCGACGAGCGACCGCAAGAUUCCCGGCACCAGGAAUAUUAGCCAGGCUUCACCUAACAGCUCCGCAUCUAGAAAUCUCCAGGACUCAGGACCGAUCAGGAUUACGCUGGCGACUGUUACGAGCAACGUUUUGCUGUCGUUGAACCCAAACGUCAAGAGACUCGAGACGGCCGCAUAGUUUCACUUUUUUAACUCUUUCUAUGUUUGUCUGUUGUUUUUUUUCUAAUAAAUGACCUGAAAUGUGCAUGUUUACCAGUGUUUAGUUCACUGAGAAAAAAUCAUUUUAAUGAGUAUUUUUGUCUUGUUUACUUGUAAACUAUUUUGUUAAUAUUUUAGCAUAA